AUGGAGCACCUCUCAGUGACGAAGAACAGCCAAAUGAACAACCUAGCGGCGUACAAUAAUCAGGAAGCAAACUACAGUUUGACUACUCCAAACCAGGAGGCAUACUCACAAAACGAUCUGUUCUACACCUUCUAUGACAAAUUUAAUGAAAUUCUUUUGUUCAUACAAAAUUUGAAAGAAAAUAAAAAUGACUUGGAAGACGAAGUAGAUGACAAUUUAAUAAAAACUUUACACAGCUUAUGUCUUGAAUUUUUAAAUUAUAUCAAACACAUAAACGAUUUUGGUCAUAUGAAUUUAAGUAAAAAUGACCAGGAAUUAAUAAUCGAGUCGUACGAGAAAUUUGUGCGACAGUGCAAACAGUACAACGAUAAGCCGCAAGUGAAACAGCUGGAAAAUGAAAUUUCCAAUCUGCUCGACCUGCUCUUUAAUAACACCUCAGAGGCAGUGAAUACCCUCUUCUCCGCGGACUCUUUUUUUAUGGACCACGUGGAAAACUUGAAGCUGAAGCUGACCGAAAGAAACCAAAAAAUCGAGUUCGAAAAGGAACGAGUGAAGAAGCUGGAGCUGGAGGCGAAGGUGGAAAAAUAUGAUGAGAUGUUCGAGAAGAACAAACAAAAGAAUAACGAAAUGGACGAAACGUUAAGCAAGCUUAAGAAGGAUAUCAAUAAGCUGAACGAAAAAAUACAAAAAUACGACAACUACGUCAAAAAGAAGCGCAAAGAAAUAGACAUCAACUUUUCGGAUACGCUCGACUGCAAGGAAAGGAUCAAGCUGUUGGAGGAGCACAUAAAGACAGCCGAACGGAACAUCAAAACAACGCAGUUGUCACCCCUCAAAAUUGUAGAAAAAACGGAACACUACAUCACUUUCGAGUUUACGACAAUAGGCAACGUCAUGCAAUUUAAAGUGAGCAAUUAUCAGUCAAAGAAUGCGCAAGUGGAAAUAACCCCCUGUGACGAACAGAUUCUGUCUUACAUAAAAUCGAGCAUAAAUAAAUGCAAAGAUAUUUCGGAGAUAACUUACUUAAUCAAAGAGGCCAUAUACUUAAAAUUUCUGGACAUUUAA